CAACCACUCAGAAGCCAUCGCCUCCUCCACCACGAUAUAAAAACAGCUUCCUUGCACUCUUUUCAUCUCAGCUUGGCCAACAACAAGCUUCCAUAACAUCUUGUUCUUUUUCAUAGCUUUUAGUCAUUUCAUUAGUUUUCUUCGUAAUUCCAUUCAUUCUUGAUCUGAAAAACAAAUUAAGGGAGAAAUAUCAAAUAUGCAGUGUGUUGCUCCUUCAUCGAGUAUUGGGUUCAAGUCAUUACACACGGUUUCCCACCGAAUCGUUCAACCAACUCAGCUCACCGUUCAAUGUGUUGCAAGCCGGUAUGAUGCCGGGGCAGCCAACGCUACUAAUCUUCCCCUGUCAGCAGCUGCGCCGACCACCACCAACAACUUCGCAUAUGGAGGGGUUGUUAAGAGCAGAACCGAUUGGCAGAGCUCUUGUGCGAUUUUGGCUAGCAAGGUGGUGUCGCAGCAGCAGAACACCGAGAAAUCCAACGGUGCUGAUAAUAUAACUGUUGUCAAUGGACAUACUAGUUUAGAUCUAGUUCCGAUUGAUAAGUUACCGAAGCCGCUCACCAUCGCCGAUCUAUCACCGGCGCCGUUGCACGGUUCGACGCUGCGCGUUGCGUAUCAAGGUGUAGCUGGUGCGUACAGUGAAGCUGCCGCCGGUAAAGCUUAUCCGAAUUGUGAGGCCAUUCCUUGUGAUCAAUUCGAGGUUGCAUUUCAAGCGGUUGAGCUUUGGAUUGCAGAUCGCGCUGUUUUGCCGGUUGAAAACUCUCUAGGCGGGAGCAUACAUCGGAAUUACGAUCUACUUUUGCGCCACCGUCUCCACAUCGUCGGAGAAGUCCAGCUCCCUGUUCACCACUGCCUUCUAGCUUUACCAGGCGUCCGGAAAGAAUACCUCAACCGCGUGAUUAGCCAUCCGCAAGCUCUUUCUCAGUGCGAGCUAACUCUCACCAAACUCGGCUUAACCGUAACUCGCGAGGCUGUCGACGAUACUGCAGGAGCAGCAGAAUUCGUGGCGGCAAACAACCUCCGUGACACAGCGGCAAUCGCAUCUGCACGCGCCGCCGAGCUGUACGGCCUUAAUAUCCUGGCCGAUGGGAUCCAGGACGAUUCAAGCAACGUCACACGAUUCGUCAUGCUUGCUCGUGAGCCAAUCAUACCACGAGUUGACAUCCCGUUCAAGACAAGCAUUGUAUUCGCUCACGACAAAGGAACGUCGGUGUUGUUCAAAGUUCUAUCGGCGUUCGCAUUCCGGAAUAUCAACUUAACCAAAAUCGAAAGCCGUCCACAUCGCAACCGUCCGAUCAGGCUCGUCGGCGACGAGAACGUAGGAACGGCGAAACACUUCGAGUACUUGUUCUACGUGGAUUUUGAAGCUUCAAUGGCGGACGUAAGAGCACAGAAUGCAUUGGCCGAGGUUCAGGAAUUUACAUCAUUCCUCAGGGUGUUGGGUAGCUAUCCCAUGGACAUGACCCCUUGGUCCCCUUCUUCUCAAUGAUUUAUUUAUGACGUCAUUUUUUUCGUAUGUUUAGUUUUAAAUUAAAAUUGCCUAUUUUUUGGAAAUAAAAAAUAGGCAAUGUUUGAGUAAAUAUGGUGGAUAGUCAUCAAGCCAAGUUGAGAACAAGUGAUGGUUAAUAAUUCCAAAUUUCUGAAAUAUAUGUAAACAAACUUGUAUGUUUUAUUGGUUUUUAAUCUUAUUCAAAUCUCAAUUUAUUA